AUGGCUUUCGUGAUAUGUCUGUUCCGCCGUCGCUCGCGGAACGACUACGACCAGAGCCUAAAGAGCGAGAUUGGGCAACCCAAUCCCCGGCCAGACACAUCGCCCACACCCCUUUCAGGUCACCUGUACGCUAUACGCGAAGGUAUCCGUACGCCUUUGACACCUCCGCCCCGUCUACAGCAACGUCGGUUACUUUCCACCCACGGGAACCCAGAGAGACCGAGCAUCAACAUCAACGUCCCCAUCCUAGGAACUCCCCUCGGCGCCUCGGUCGAAAAGGCAGGCGUCUUCUCGCCGUCUCCCACCUUGACACCCGCGCUCGCAGCAGCCAACAGAGUCCCUCCGAAAUAUGACCGCUCCACAAAGCCGUACUACGGCGUUUCUCCGCCGCCGAAUGGAUUCGGUCAAGGCACCGGGGGCGGGCCCCGAUCCUCCGGAAAGACAUCGAGCAAGAGCAGCGCCGCGAGCGGUCGCACUGCCACUACUGUAUCCAAUGUCUCGAGCAUAUUCCCGCAACUCACCCCCUCCUCGUGGCCGAUGCGGCCUCCGAGGCCUCACGAGAAGCCGCUGCUGAUACCGGAUCUGGUGUGUCCUGGUCCUCCUCCGGCUCGCUCCCUUCCUCCGGCACCGCCUGGGAGCCCUGCGAGUCCCGUGUCCUUUCACAAAAAGUUGCUUCUGCAGCAUUUGCAGCAACAGCAGCAACAACAGAAACGAGAGGAAAGCUUCGAAAGUGUCAGCGCCGCUGUCAGCAACGGAAACUUGUGCGAGAGAGUCGCGAGAGAGGAAUAG